AUGAUGCUCAUCAUCGGGGCGGUCAUUUACGCGCUCAUUGUAAGCAACAUGGCAGUCCUGGCCGCCAAUUUGAAUGCGCUGUCCAGUCGCUACAAGGUCAAGGCCAGCGUGGUGGCAGACGCGCUCCGCUACAUGGCCGCCCCGCAGCAAUUUCGGGACCUUGUUUACCUUCCCCCACCGCACCGCACGCCCUUUUUCCCCCACCCCACCCCACCCCCCACACACGACUACACGUUACGCACGCAGACUGACGCCCUGCUUGCCGAAUUGCCCCGUGGCUUGCUUGAGGACAUCAAGUGGUGUCUGUUCAGCGACCCCUUCCUCCGCCUGCCGCUGUUCGCCGGCUGUGAUGAACCCUUCAUGGCCGCCCUUCAGGGCGCCGUGCUGCUCCGCUCCCUCCAGGGCGACCUCCAUCGCCUGGUGUUGCCUGGAGAGGCCUUCAGCGAGUUGGCGCUGUUGCCUGAUCAGGCAGCUAGGAAACAGACUGUCACGGCAGUAGCUGGCCGGGCUACAGACCUGGUGGUUUUGGCGGGAAGGGACCUGGCUGCGGCCUGCAGGGAGCAUCCGCAGUCGGGGGCGCUUGUGCAGGAACGGUUGAUGCAGCUUCUGGAAGACCGAGUUCAAGGCACCGAAUGGACUUGGUUCAUUGAAAAGGUGUUGGUGCCGUACCAGCUGUACGGAGAUUCGUACGAACAGCCGCGUUACUGUGGUAGCGGCAGCGGCGUCGGCGCCGCCAACAGCCGUACGCGCCGUCGUCGGUCGUUGCUUCUGCGUCUGCUGACUUUCAUGCGAUGCGACAUCUUCGCCAACGUGAUUGAUCGCAUGAUGGGCGGGCCCGGCGGCGUCAGCGGCAACGGCAGGGACGCGGCAGGUGGCGGGAGCCUCAAAGUGCGAAUGCAUGAGAUUGCACCGCAAGCGGGGGGGCCUCACGCAGGACGGGGAGGUCAAGCCUGCGAUUCAGUGACGGCCGCGGCAGCCGGCAGCACCGUAUCACGUCGCGGUACGACAAAUCAGCGGGGGGACGCUCCGGAUGAUGGGGCAGGCGUCGGCAACCAGUACGACAACGGCGGCUACGGUAACCGUGGGGAUGGCGGCGCAGGCAUGUACGACGCUGAUGGCAGUGGUCAACUCGUGAUGAGGUUGGAUGGAGAAGCUGCAGUUGGGACCUCACUCCCACGGGCGGCGGCGGCAGCGGCGUCAUCGACUGCUGUACGGCGCUUGCGCAGAUCAGAGGGAUCGAACUUGCCUGCAAGAUGGCUGACCGCCGUACAAAGCAUCAAGCGGUCCGACGGCGACGGCGCCGAUGGCGGCGACAAAGACCGCACUAGCAGCAGCAGUACGGCCACCGUCCGCGCUUUCCUGCCGGACGGCGCCGUUGAUGAUCCAUUCGCCAUUCCUUCAUUUGUACUGCACCGCAGCCGCUCCCGAACCGCAGCGAGGCCCAGCUCAGGCUUCUCCGGCGGUGGCGGCGGCGGCUCCUGUAGCGGUGGCGGCGAAUCUGUACGGCGGCACGUUGGCAAGUUUGGUCACGACACGUCCGACUCCGGCAUGGCGCCGGCGCCUUCUCGCCCUUAUCACCUCCUUGACAUCGCCAACGUUGCGUCGUCUUACUCGUACGACGGCGGAGGCGGAAGUACGGGCUGUGACCGCUGUAACGGCCCUUGGCCAUCCGCUUUUACCUCGCAGGCAUUACCUUCUUCUUCUGGCCGCAUAGACUUGCGAGCUCAGCUAGAGAUGGCGAUUAUGCUUCUAGGGACAGUCUUUGGACUGGAUUUGGAUUUGGAAUCCAAAGGAAAGAUCCAUUGCGGCGGAUCUACGCCAGCGGCGACCGCGACUACAGCUGCGCACUCGGAUCUGCCGGCGCAGUAUCCCCAUGGCUCUCACGGCGCCGCAUCCUGCGGCGGCGCCGGCAGUAGCGCCAAUGGUGCUGCUGCCGCCCCAGCCACCGAAGGUGAUGGCAGCGGCGCAGCGGGUAUGGCGGAGGCGCUGCUGUCGCAGCCCGCCAGUCGGCGAGUAUUGUUAUCGCUGGCGGAUGCAGUGGUACGGCGGGAGGGCGCCGCGGCAGUACCUGCCGUACAGGAGCUCCUGCAACGUCACGGCAGCACAGUCCGCGCGGCGGCGGCGGAGCAGAUCGGGCGGGUGUUGAGCUGUGUGGCGGAGGGCGUUGAGGCGGUGGAGCAGUCGGCACAGGCACCCGCACCGUCAUUGUCGCCGGCGACGUCGGCAACGUCGCCGUCGGUGGCGGCGGCAGCGGCAGCGGCGGCGGCGGCACCUGUACGAGCACUCAGCGGCUGCGGCCGCGAUCCCGGCAUACUCUCACCGUUGGCCUCGGCCGCGGCUCCGGCCGCGGGCUACAGCAAUGCUGCUCGAAGGAGGUCGCUGGACGCCGCCGGCUUCAGCUGGCUUCAACAGGAACGUCGUGAGAGCACGCAACUAGCAGCGUCAGGGCGCAGCGGCAGCGGCGCCAUCUCUGCUGACACCGGCGCCGAUGGCGCUGUACCUGAUGCACCAGCACUGCCGCCGCCAGCCUCUACGGCAGCGGCGGCGGCGGCGGCGACGACGACGACGGCGGCAACUGGCUACUCUGCCCGGGAACGGGAACGCCGCCGGUCGCUCCGAAACUCCCAGGUCGGCCCAAGUGGCGGCGGCGCCGCGGAAACACCCGGGGUUCAUGGCGGCGGCGCCGCUACCACCACCGAAACGAAUGUGAACAACCCCAGCAGCGCUAAUGGCAACACGGCCUUCAACGUCCCAACCGGUGUACCGCCCACACGAAUAAGCCAUUCCCAGAGCCCGGUUCUGGGCCAGGGCCAGAUCCGGGGGAACCGCUUCCGGAGGGCCUCACUCGUGCUAUUUCAAGCAGGACUACUGACGGAAGCUGCCGCCGGCGGCAGUACGCUCGGUACCGCCGCCGGGGCGGCUGACGUCAGCUGUUCGUCAUCGAUUUCGCCGCAACAACCCGCAUCCAGCCUCGCCGCCGCAUGGCAGCGGCGUUCGUCCCAUAUUGCCGUACUGGACGACAGGGUCGUGCAGGAUGGCGCAGUAACCGCCACCACUUCCAGUGCCGCCGCCGCCGCCGCCGCCGGCGGUGGCGGUGGCGGCGGCGGGGGAGGCCGCUACUUGAUAUCGCCAUCUUCCGCUGGGUUGGCGCCUUCGGAACGACCUGGCGCGCGCCGAAUGACCACCGCACGGCGACUCUCCGCCUCACAAGUCGCCCAGAGCUAUCCGUACUUCCUCAUCUCCGAACUGUCCAAGUCAGCCGCGAUGCCGUCUGCCCUGGAACGAAGUCUCAGCAACGGUGCAGCUCUUAUAAGUCCCAGCGGACGACCCAAUUCUUCGGGGACGCAACAAGCUGAUAGCCGUUUAUGUAUGAUGGCCGGGUACGGCGGCGGCGACACGUCAGUUCAUGGCGCCCCAAGUCGCCGCGGCAGCGGCUAUUCUGGCGGCGGCGACACGUCGGUCCACGGACCUGGAAGUUGCCGAGGCAGCGGCAUGUACGGCUUCGGCGGCGGCGGCGACACCUCAGCUCAUGGACCGGCGAUCAGUCGGCAGGGCAGCCGCUACCCCAGCCAUCCAGACAGCCGCCGUGCCGGCGGAGGUGACGAUAGCCGGGCCGCCAGCCGCCGCGGGAGCCAGUCGUCGCCUGCUUGGGCGGAGGACACCUGCGACUCGGGCGCGGAGUCGUGCGGCGGCGGCGGCGACGACGCUGCUGAGCCGCGUAAACGCGACCGCUCGCAGCCGCCGGGCAGAGGGUGA